AGUUGUCCCCUGGUCUGGUUCGUUUGAGGACAGUCAGGCAACGCAACCCACUGCUCUCCUCACCUAACCCUAGCUCAAAAGUUUGAGAAUUUUUCCCCAAAGAACAAAUCGGAAGAAAUAAGGAGAGAGAGGAAGCCUCACACUUCCUGUCCUCCCCUCUUCUCCCCGGUCAAUUCUUUCGACUCCCUCGCGGGGAUGCGGCGGCUAUGGCGAUGGUACCAGCAGUGCCUGUCCUCCCACCCCGUGCGAACGCAGGUGGUCAGCUCCGGCAUCCUCUGGGCCCUUGGCGACAUCGGCGCCCAGGCCGUCACCCACAACUCCGGAGCGCGCUCCCACCACCAGGUGGAUAACCCCCAGGAUAAAGAUAAAGAGUUCAAAGUGGACUGGAAGCGUGUUGGCAUCACAAGCUCCUUUGGAUUUGCUUUUGUUGGACCAGUUGGACAUUACUGGUAUGAAUACUUGGAUCGUUUUGUGCGGCGGAGAUAUCAGCGUAGUUCAUUCAAAUUUGUUGCAACGAAAGUUGCAGCAGAUGGUCUACUGUUUGGACCGCUUGAUCUCGCGCUGUUCUUCUCUUAUGUGGGUCUUGCUUCAGGAAGGAGUGUAGAGCAGGUGAAGGAUGAUGUGAAGAGGGAUAUUAUUCCUGCUCUAGUUUUAGGCGGAGCCAUCUGGCCAGCCGUGCAGAUCGCAAACUUCCGCUUCAUCCCCGUGCGGUACCAACUGCUUUACGUGAACUUGUUCUGCCUGUUAGACAGUUGUUUCUUGUCGUGGAUUGAGCAACAAGGAGAUGCAGCUUGGAAGCAAUGGUUCACAUCGUUCCAGAAGAAAAUCGAAGACCAGAAGAGUAAGGUUUAAUCUGUGCAAUGAUUUUAGGUCGUUCUGCCCAGUGAUUUGGACCGAACCUGCAUGAUGUGGUUGGUCCCACAGUAGAGAACUCAGAAAAAAAAAAGUAAUGACUUUGCUGUCGGCGGCUGUUUAUGUGGAAUUUGCAAUGCCCAGCAAAACUGGACAUUACUAUCAUGUAGAGAUUUGCUUUUUUGGUUUUUCACCUUUGACUGGAAGGCAAAGAUUGCUCAAUCUCUUGUUUAACUUCACUUUGAUGAAUCGAGCGUUUGUUUACGGAACGCCAUUAUUACGGUGCAA